AUGCAGCGCUCCAUCGCCGUCAUGCUGGCCUUCGGCCUGGCGUUCUCCGCUCACAGCGCAGCCGCGCGUGACAUUCUGCAGGUCACCACCACACCGGCGUCCCCCGCGUCCGGCAACCGCGCGGCCUCCGGCGCCGCCCCGGCGGCGUCCCCCAAGACAAACGCGGGCCCCAUCCGGACGUCCACCGUGACGGGCACCAACGUCAUCGACGCUAAGAACACUGUCAGGACCGGCGGCGGCGGCGUGCUGUCCAACCAGGUCCAGGCCGGCGCCCGGUCCGGCUCCACCACCGACAUCCAGGGCCGCAUCGCCGCCACCCAGGCCGUCAGCCGCGCCAACCAGGGCACCCGCACCGCCGUCGGCAGCCAGGCCGCCUCGUCCGCCGUGCAGCAGGCGGUGCGCAACAACAACGCGGCGGCUGGCGCGGCGAAGGGCGCGGGCAUUGCCGCCGUCACCACUAAGGGCACCGGCCUGACCGUGAACAACAAUGCCGUCCGCGCGUCUACUGCCAGCCAGACCGCGUCCGCCAACGUGCAGGUGGGCUCCCCUGCGCGGCCCGCCGCCCUAGAUGCAAGCGGCGCGCGGCCCGGCCGCGCGGCGCGGCGCGCCCCGCGGCUCGACGGCUAG